GUUGAUGUGUUGUUAGGUCAAUGUUAUGGCGGAUUUUAUCGUUGCAAAAAAUUGCUGAAUUUGAUUGUUUCAUUUUGUCUAAGGCUGUUGUGAUUCAGCAUAUGACAGCGUAUGCUUAAACGUAAUCAAAGUCAGCCAGUGUCAUUUAGGUUUAAAGGAAAAUGACGUCAACGUUUUCCCCAUUCACACCUCCCAUUGUGAAACGCUUGUUAAGUUUGAAAAAGGGAGACUCGGAGAAAGAGGAUAAAUGGAGUGAAAAGGCUGUUAAGAGUCUUGUUAAAAAGCUGAAAAAGACUGGAGGUUUAGAUGAACUCGAAAAGUCUGUGACACAACAGGAUUCAAGUACAAAAUGCAUCACAAUUCCCAGGUCAUUAGAUGGACGUCUGCAAGUAUCACAUCGUAAGGGCCUUCCACAUGUAAUAUACUGCCGACUGUGGCGGUGGCCUGAUCUACAGUCACAUCAAGAAUUACGCGCCAUUGACACAUGUGAAUAUGCAUUUCAUUUAAAACGGGACGAAGUCUGCGUUAAUCCGUACCAUUACACACGUGUAGAUAUGCCGGAAGGUUUUGUAGAAAAUGGGGACAGCAAUUCUUUAUUAACUUUACCGCCCGUAAUGGUACCAAGAAGUACAGAAAUACCCAAUAAAUUACCGGAACUCGAAAAUUACGCUACAACGGUGCCAGAAAACACAGAAUUUCCCACAGGCCUUAGUGAAAAUUUCUCCAUACCAGACACGCCUCCACCAGGGUACAUCAGUGAGGAUGGGGAUAACACAGACAACCAAGGCAUGGAAGGUGUUGAUAUGUCACCGAGUCCACCCCUGGAUGCGCAGCCUGUCACAUAUAAAGAACCAACCUACUGGUGUUCAAUAGCAUACUACGAGUUAAACACGCGUGUUGGCGAGACAUUUCAUGCAUCACAACCCUCGCUGACAGUUGAUGGGUUCACAGAUCCGUCAAACUCGGAGAGGUUCUGUCUAGGACUUCUCUCAAAUAUAAAUAGAACACAGCAGGUUGAGAUGACUAGAAGGCAUAUAGGGAAAGGUGUUAGGCUGUAUUAUAUUGGAGGGGAGGUUUUUGCAGAAUGUUUAAGUGAGAGCGCCGUGUUUGUUCAGAGCCCUAACUGUAACCAGAGAUACGGCUGGCACCCGGCAACAGUAUGUAAAAUACCACCCGGUUGUAAUUUAAAGAUUUUCAACAACCAGGAAUUUGCUGCUUUACUUGCACAGUCUGUGAAUCAAGGCUUUGAAUCUGUGUAUCAGCUGACCAGAAUGUGUACUAUACGUAUGAGUUUUGUUAAAGGAUGGGGAGCUGAAUAUAGACGGCAAACAGUGACAAGUACACCAUGCUGGAUAGAAAUUCAUCUGAAUGGACCGCUACAGUGGCUAGACAGGGUUCUUACCCAGAUGGGGUCGCCGGGGUUACCAUGCUCUAGCAUGUCGUGAAGAAUCUGGCAGACUUUAGUAACGGAAAGAAUCGGAGAAGCAAAAACGUGUUCUUAAUAUAUGCUGUGCAUAACAUGUGUACACAUGGAUAAUAUACACAAACAUAGAAUACAAGUGUUUCAUAAUAGUACAAUAUGUUUUGUAUAUAUUAUGACUUAAGUGUGAACAUAGUGCUAAAACAUAAAUCAUGGUUUUAGAUUAAGAUAUGAGUAUACCAUUGUUGUUAAAUAUCACCAAGAUUUGCAUUAUUUGUUCAUUAAACUAAAAAUAGACAUAGCUAAAAAUAGACAUGGCUAAAAAUAGACAUAGCUAAAAAUAGACAUGGAUAAUGUCAUGCUGACAUACUCUGGGUUAUACAAAGGUGUGCAUGAUCACUUUAGAGUUCAAAAACACUACUGACCAAAAAUAUGUCACAUUUUAAUGGUCUUAAUUUUCAUAAGGUAUAUGGAGAAUGAUACCUUGUACAAGGCAGUCGGUUUUGAAUGAACUUCCAUCCUUAGAAGUCAGAUACCCUUAUAUAGGAUUUAUAAUGAUGAAAUAGCAUGAUUUUAGGGGAAGGGCUAGCUUUCACUUACUAAAACUGAAAAUGGUUAUAAAACUGCACUUGGAAAUAGACUUGCCAUUGAUCAGUUUGUAGAUUUUGAUUGAAGUUAGUGCAUCAUUUGCAGGAAUUGUGAGGUUGAUCUCUAAAAAUCUUUUCAUAGAUUGGGGUCUGUAACAUGAAAAUGCUGCACAAUGAAUAAAUUCUAGUAGAUUUACAUAUUUAAUAGUUAAAACAGUCAAAAGAAAUAUCUGUAGAGUGAACAGUCUAAGGGAGAAAAACAGCAUUUUUUUGACAAAAAGGAAAAUAGAUGUAACUGUUACCCUGUGUAACAUAACUGUUACGCUGUGUAACAAUCCAGUUUUAAGACAACUUGAGAUGUUUAAGAUAUAGAUGAGCCGCGCCAUGAGAAAAUCAACAUAGUGGGUUUGCGACCAGCAUGGAUCCAGACCAGCCUGCGCAUCCGCGCAGUCUGGUCAGGAUCCAUGCUGUUUGCUAACGGUUUCUCUCAUUGCAGUAGGCUUUAAAAGCGAACAGCAUGGAUCCUGACCAGACUGCGAAUGCGCAGGCUGGUCUGGAUCCAUGCUGGUCGCAAACCCACUAUGUUGGUUUUCUCAUGGCACGUCUCAAAUUUAUAUCUGUGAUACUUUCACAAGGUAAAGCCCAUCCAAUUAGUUCAGAAUGUAGAGCAAGAACUUUAAAUUGGAAGUGAAAAGUUUGACCCAGUUUUAAGAUUUGACAGAAGACACUAGUCUUAAUACUGAAAUUUAAUUUUCUCAUCUUUCUCUAUCGAAUUGGAACCUAUGUAAUGCGCAUUUAAGGUGGUUGAUCCAUAGCUACAAUCAGCAGUUUCUAUUCUAUUUUAUAUUCUCAAUGUAUGGUUUUAGAUGUUUCCAUUUUUGCAAGAAAAAAACAAACAAUUUUCUCUCGUAGCUGAAGGAUUCUGGAAUAGCACACAGUAGGACCUAAUUUUAGUUUAAAGAUAUGUAAUAUCUACAAUUCAUAAAGCAUUUACAGAUUCUUCUAAAAUUAAGGAAUUUAGCAGAAAGUCACCUCUUCUUAAGUACAGUUUUUGCAGAUUUUGAUUACGAGUUGACCACCUUAAAUGUGUGAUAAUGGGUUGAACACCUUAAAUAGAGGGAAAACUGCAAUUGUUAUUAUAAAUUGUAAUAGAGAUUUUUCCAUUUGAUAUAAUGGGGAAACUUGUAAUUUUUGUUUUGAUAAAAAAAAAAAUCAAUUUACAAAAAAAAAAAAAAAGAUGUUUUAUAGACAUUUACAUGAAUUGUAGUGACAUUUACAGAAUCCUAGUGACAUUUACAUAAAUCAUAGUGCUCAUUUAUUGUACUGUUUGUGUAAUUUUUUUUGCAUGAAACAUUGUACAUGAAUAUGUUGUACAUAAAUUUUUGAACAUAUUUUCAUAGAAAUUUCAAGUGUAAUAUUUUUAUCAUGUUCAUUCAUUUUAAUGUGAAUUUGAAAACUUGAUGCUAUUGUCUUGAAAUAGGAUCAUGUUUCCAUACCAUUCAGUAGUUUACUAAAAUAUAACUUUAGGUUAUGUUGUGAUAAAUCCACUGUUUUCUUUGAAUUUGUUUUGUAGGAAUAACAUUGGUUUUCUUUGGAUGUGAAAGUUUUAAAUCUGCUACUGGGGAGUGAAGCAUAUUUUGAUCAGGCUUGAAAAGAUACAAUGUUUGUUGUAGAACGUCACAAAUUCAUGAUGCCAUAAUUUUUAUUUGUGGUAAAAACGUUACGUAGUUCCGUGAGGUUUCUUAUUUCUUUUACAUUUUUGGGUGACAAGAAUGAAUAGGGAGAGAGCACUUUUACAGAUCACAGAGUCGCGAGUUCAGUCCACAGGUGUGUCUGAAGUAUCUUCUCUUCCACCUGUAAUUUUUGUGUGGAAGUUGAUAGUUACUUGAGGUAAACAGGUUAGUAGUGGCAACUUCCUGCCAUUAUCUGGAAUAAUGUUGAAAAAACGGCAUUAAUACCAAAACAAAACAAAUAUUAUUGAAAAAUACUUUUUUUAAGAGUUUCUUAUUAUAUAUAAUCCGUAUUACUGUACUUCCAGGUGUAGUUCAAUACCCGUGAAAAUUUUAUUACUAUAAUCCUACUGUUUUGAAACGGUGAGAUAUCAUUGUUGAAUAUAAAUCACCUUCAUAUUUCAGUAAAUCACGGAAAACGAAAAAAUGUCAUUGAGGGCUUUAAUUUACAUAAUUUUUCACUAGAACAGAUAUAUGCUUUUCAGUGUUAAAAUUUUGAAGAAAUUGUAUAAAGUACACACAACUUUUGACAUUUUCUGCGCUAGCUUCGUUAUGACAGUGUGCUUUGUUACUUAGUAAAUUUCAUUAAGAUCAUUGAAAAGAUACAAAUUAAUAAAGAAAAUUGUUUCAUUUUCAUGUAAGAGCAAAUCUUUUUCUACCAUGAACACCAGAUUUUAUACAUUCUAAUUUGAUAUGCAUUUAGCCGCUGGUCAAAAUAUUGCAUAUAUGGCAGUGAAAUAUCUUUUUUAGCUCAUCUGAUUUUUUGAAAAAAAAAUGAUGAGUUAUUGUCAUCACUUGAGCGGUUGUCGGCGUCGGCGUCGGCGUUGCCUGGUUAAGUUUUAUGUUUAGGUCAGCUUUUCUCCUAAACUAUCAAAGCUAUUGCUUUGAAACUUGGAAUACUUGUUCACCAUCAUAAGCUGACCCUGUAUAGCAAGAAACAUAACUCCAUCUUGCUUUUUGCAAGAUUUAUGGCCCCUUUUGUACUUAGAAAAUAUCAGAUUUCUUGGUUAAGUUGUAUGUUUAGGUCAACUUUUCUCCCAAACUGUCAAAGCUAUUGCUUUGAAACUUGGAAUACUUGUUCACCAUCAUAAGCUGACCCUGUACAGCAAGAAACAUAACUCCAUCUUGCUUUUUGCAAGAUUUAUUGCCCCUUUUGGACUUAGAAAAUCAGUUUUCUUGGUUAAGUUUUAUGUUUAGGUCAGCUUUUAUCCUAAACUAUCAAAGCUAUUGCUUUAAAACUUGCAACACUUGUUCACCAUCAUAAGUUGACCUGUACAGCAAGAAACAUAACUCCAUCCUGCUUUAUGCAAGAUUUAUGGCCCCUUUUGGACUUAGAAAAUAGCAGAUUUCUUGGUUAAGUUUUAUGUUUAGGUCAACUUUUUCUCUUAAACUAUCAAAGCUAUUGCUUUGAAACUUGCAACACUUGUUCACCAUCAUAAGCUGACCCUGUACAGCAAGCAGCGUAACUCCAUCCUGAUUUUUGCAAUAAUUAUUGCCCCUUUUGGACUUAGAAAAUCAUUUUCUUGGUUGAGUAUUAUGUUUAAGUCAACUUUUCUCAUAAACUAUCAAAGCUAUUGCUUUAAAACUUGCAACAGUUUUUCACCAUCAUAAGUGGACACUGUACAUCAAGAAACAUAACUCUAUCCUGCUUUUUGCAAGAAUGAUGGCCCUUUUUAGACUUAGAAAAUCAUGGGUAGGGCAAUAUUUCUAUUACACAAAAAAAAUCAGAUGAGCGUCAGCACCCGCAAGGCGGUGCUCUUGUUAUUUUUACACUGAAAAAAGAACAGGUAUCAACUUUGUAAAGUGACUCUUAAUAUCUGUGCUCUCAUAAUCACAGAUGUAAAAUCAGAUGUUUUUCCCAAGUCAUGUGGGUAAGCCAUCUAGCUGGGUUACGGAAGGUCGUUGGUUCUAGCCAGGUGCUAGUUGGUUCUAGCUAGGUGCUCGCUCGUGAUGAAAUAAUGCUUGGAGUGGCGCCUGGGGUCGACUCUGCCAUGAAAAGCUUGAAAGUUGCCAUAUGAUCUGACUCUGGUGCUGUGACUUAAAACCAGACAGAAAGAAAAAAUUCGCAAGUCUAAAAUUUUGCAAUCCUUUAGCAGGAUAGGAUAUUUGCGAUAUAUGGCCAGUGAAAAUAUUUCAUCGAAUAUUCGCCUGGUAAAAGAUACUGUGAAAACAGACAAAUAUCAUUUACGUCUUAACAUAGAACCUGGAUAAGUACAGACUAAGAUUUCCUGCUGAAACCAGAAAGAGCCAGUUUUAAUUAAGUUUGCAGCAUGACCGCCAUGUAAUUGAUCCUUCCAUGGUGGUAUUGACAUUUGAAAUUUAUUAUUACUGUCACAUCAUUUUAAAUAUUUUGUAGGAGAGACAAAAUCAAUAUGUCUACAUGUCUUAAAACAGUAUAUAUUAAAUUUCAAGCAAGUUCUAGCUGGUACAUUCAAGAUCAGAUGUCUAUUUUACAUACAGACAGUUUUAAAAUCGCUUGUUGUUAUACAGAUUUUGAAAUGUUGCUUUUUGUGAAGAUAUAUUAGACUAGUUGUUGUAAGGUAUCGAAUAAUUUGGCUUUUCUUGUUCUGGCAGUUCUGUUUUAUGUUUUAGUUGUUGUUGUUUUUAACCUUUACCUUGCAAAAUUUCUAAAAUGGACUGGUCCAUCAUUCAAUUUGAGCAGUACCACAUCAUUCAAAGGGGUGUUCACUAAAAAAUUUCUGACAUGAAAAGCGAUCAGUGCAAACCAUGUCAUGUUAAAAUCAUGAAUACCGGUGUAACGGUCAGUUAGGUGCAUAGAAAUUGCUGUCAAAACUGUAAAAUAAUAUAAAGAUAAAAAUUUAAUAUCUUUGCAAAUUUCUACCAUAUCACAACGUGCUUUGGACAAAGUAUACAGUUUUUACCUAGCAGCAUGGUCUAUGUGAAUUCUCAGGCAGAAAUUUCAGUAAAUAUAUCUAAUUAUACACCUACAUCUUAAAACCAGUGUCUGUUAUCGUAACAAAAUCAAUGAAUUUAUCAAGUUAUUUUCAACAGGUAAAUUGUACAUGAUUUUAAAUGGCAGAAUCAUGUUGUCGAGAGAUUUAUGAAUGUUCCUUGUGAUUUAUAUUAACUUUCUCAAUGUAUUUGAUUUAGACACCUUCUGUGCUGGUUGAAAUGUAUAAAAUCCUUUGAGUUAUUGUUAAUUGAGCAUAUAAGAUCUCAGUUUCUGCCUAUAUUGCAAUGUAGUGUCCAGAAUUACAAUAUUAAGUUUCGAGACUAGUGUCAAAACUCCUUUACAUCUGAUUGGUUGAUUCAAAAUGAAAUUUUGAAAUUGACCAAUCAUAAGGCUGUAUUCUAACAUCUGAUCGGUUGAUUCAAAACAAAAUUUUGAAAUUGACCAAUCUUAAGGCUGCAUUGAAAGACUGGUCUCAAUCAUAAAAGUUUUAUAACCUUGAACUUGGUCUUCUACUGUGCUAAAUAGUUAAUGAGAUAGGAAUUAAUUUAUCCUUCCUGCUGUAUCAACAGUAUAGUCGGUUUCAAAGUAACCUUUCAGCAGUAUAGUCAGUUUCAAAGUGACCUUUCAACAGUAUAGUCAGUUUCAAAGUAACCUUUCUAAUAAAGGUUACAUGCGUCUUGCAGACAUUAGGUAAGUGAUCAGUAACAACAGUAGUUGUGCAUGGGGCAUGUUAGGUUCUUUCAGAAAAAGAAUUUGCAGAGUUACGGGACUUUGUUUUUUGUUACUAUACUAUAUACAUAGACACAAUCUUGUGCGUACCAUCUCUCCUCAUCCCCUUGACACAAUUUAAUGAAACUUCACAUAAGUGAUCAGUAACAGCAGUAGUUGUGCAUGGGGCAUGUUAGGUUCUUUCAACAACAAAAAUUGCAGAGUUAUGGGACUUUGUUUCUUGUUAACUUACUAUGUCAGACAGUCUGCAUAUGCAAUCUUGUGCGCGCCUAAUCUUCCAAACCCUUGCACACAAUUAAAUGAAACUUCACACAAGUGAUCAGUACCAACCCUAGUUGUGCAUGGUGCAUGUUACGUAUUUUUAGAUAAAUAUUCUGCAUAGUUAUGGGACUUUGUUUUUUGUCACUAUACUGUAUACAUACAGUCUAUAUACAUACAGUCCACAUAAUUAUGCAAUCUUGUGUGCGUCAAAUUGCCAUGUACUGUGUCAGUGAAUGUGGGGGGUACAUUCAUCACCUUUAGUGAUAGCUCUAGUUUUGUUAUGUUUUUUAGAACAGUCAGUUUGAAUCUGGCUCUAUAUGUAUAGGAUAAUUUGUAGCUUUGAUUGGAACUGUCAUUUUGAAUCUGGUUAUACAUAUAGGAUAAUUUGUUUGAAACAGGCAUUUUGAAUCUUGCUAGAUAAUUUGUUGUUUUUAUUGCAGGGUUCGCACAGACUUGAAAACUCCUUGAAUUUCAAGCUGCUCGAUGAAAAGUGCUUGAAUUUGCAAAAACCUCCUUAAAACUCCUUGAAAUCGUUUCUUGCCUUGAAAACUGCUUGAAAAGUGCUUGAUUUUAUGAUAAAAGUCCUUGAAUUUCCUUCUUCAGAAAUUUUGGUCAGCUUAAUAAAAAAAGAUCGUAAAAGACUGGUUGUAUGAACCCUGUAUUGGAACUUUCAUGUUGAACCUAGUUAUACAUAUAAGGUAACUUGUUAUCGGAACAGUCAUUUUGAACCUGGCUAUAUAAUUAUAUAGGAUAAUUUGUUGCCUUGAUUGGAACAGUCUUUUUAAUCCAUCUGGCUUACAGAAGGUCGGUUGUUCUACCCAGGUGCCCGCUCGUGAUGAAAUAAUGCAUGAAAGGGCACCUGGGGUCUUCCUCCACCAUCAAAGCUGGAAAGUCACCAUAUGACCUAUAAUUGUGUUGGUGCAACGUUAAACCCAACAAAAUAAUAUCUGGCAAUACAUAUAGGAUGAUUUGUUGCUUUUACUGGAACACUUAUUCUGAAUCUGACUAUACUUAGAGGAAAAUUUGUUUCUGUUGUAAAUACACAUACCAUAUUUACUCAUCUAUAAGACUAUGUUUUUUUUCCUAUAAAGCCAGAACUGAUGUGUUACCUUACCUUAUAAGUGCGUUAAUGUCAUUGACAUGAAUUAUUUGUAAAUCAUGCCGAUUUUGAAGUAAUUUAACCCAGGCUAGAUACGAUUGAUUUUGCCUUUGCGACCAGUGUAGAUCAUGAUCUGCACGUCCGCCAUUCAGUCAGAAUUUUUUUUGUAAUCACCCCUUUUAACAGUUAAUGGUACUGUCCAAAUUGAAAGAUGGACAAGUUCAUUUUAGAAAUAUAGCAGGGUAAGGGUUAAAGAACCUGUCUUAUAGGUGGGUAAAUACAUAGGCUUUGCAUGCUUUAUAGGAAAAAAUGUGAUAAUUUUAUUGUUUAUUCUAGAUGGUCAUUGACAAUUAGUUGAGCCGUGCCAUGAGAAAACCAACAUAGUGCAUUUGCGACCAGCAUGGAUUCAGACCAGCCUGCACAUCCGUGCAGUCUGGUCAGGAUCCGUGCUGUUUGCUACUGCAAUUAGAAAACCAUUAGGGAACUGCACGGAUGCGCAGGCUUGUCUGGAUCCAUGCUGGUCGCAAAUGCACUAUGUUGGUUUUCUCAUGCUGCAGCUCAGUUGUAGAAUAUUUACUCUAAUGUGUAGUUUGCCUAGCAGUACAGGUGGUACUACAUUCAGUUCUUGUGCAAGAUGUGAUCUGAUGGAUGUGAAUUCUGUCUGGGACGGAAUUUGAAGGAAUCAUCUUUACUGGACUAUUGGUCACAAAGUCCCAAAGAGCCAUUGAGCAGUGUUUUAUGAACCUUUUCUACAACCAGUGUAAAAUUACAAGUGUUUUGUGAAGGUGCAGGUUUGAAUUUUGUUAAAAGUGCUAAGUUUUGAAAUACGUGUACAUUAUAAAAUAAUUUCAGAUAUACAUAUCCCAUCCUUUAUUAUGUUUUAAGUCUAUAACUAAAAGACAUUACUUCAAUGGUUGAGUAGAAACUGUUGUAACUGUAUAUAAUUAAAGAACAAGAUACAAUAGUUUUGCGCUCAGCCCUCCACUUGUUUACCAUGUGAUAUAAUUGUUUCAUUUGCUGUAUCUUCUUCGGAUAUCUGCAACACUGAUUAUGUUUGUCUCCGUGUGUAAAUGGUUUGUCUACUUGUGUAAAUGGUUUGUCUCUGUAUGUAAAUGGUUUGUCUAUGUGUGUGAAUGGUUCGUCUCCGUAUGUAAAUGGAGGUAAAUGGUUUGUCUCCAUAUGUAAAUGGAGGUAAAUGGUUUGUCUCCGUGUGUAAAUGGUUUGUCUACAUGUGUGAAUGGUUCGUCUUCGUAUGUAAAUGGAGGUAAAUGGUUUGUCUCCGUAUGUAAAUGGAGGUAAAUUGUUUGUAUCCGUAUGUAAAUGGAGGUAAAUGGUUUGUCUCCAUAUGUAAAUGGAGGUAAAUGGUUUGUGACCGUAUGUAAAUGGUUUGUCUACGUGCGUGAAUGGUUUGUCUCCGUAUGUGAAUGGAGAGUUACGGAAUUGAUUGGUUGUGAGUGGUUAACAAUGUUUGUUAUAUUUUGAAAGGUUGGAACAAUGAAUCUAAUCCCGGUUAAACAUUUCAGAGUAAUUUUACCAUUGUGCCAGGUUCCAGUUUGCAAAAGACAUUUCACAAACUGGUUACAUAUAUGUUGGUCAUAUUUUUGUAAACAUUACUGCGAUUUCUGUUUCUUCAGCCAGUAUUAAUAAAAAUAUUAUAUUCUCUUGUGUUUUUAGCUCACCUGUCACAAAGUGACAAGGUGAGCUUUUGUGAUCGCGCAGCGUCCGUCGUCCGUGCGUGCGUGCGUAAACUUUUGCUUGUGACCACUCUAGAGGUCACGUUUUUCAUGGGAUCUUUAUGAAAAUUGGUCAGAAUGUCCCCCUUGAUGAUAUCUAGGUCAAGUUCGAAACUGGGUCACGUGCAGUCAAAAACUAGGUCAUUAGGUCUAAAAAUAGAAAAACCUUGUGACCUCUCUAGAGGCCAUAUAUUUCACAAGAUCUUCACGAAAAUUGGUCAGAAUGUUCACCUUGAUGAUAUCUAGGUCAAGUUCGAAACUGGGUCACGUGGGGUUAAAAACUAGGUCAGUAGAUCUAAAAAUAGAAAAACCUUGUGACCUCUCUAGAGGCCAUAUUUUUCAUGAGAUCUUCAUGGAUAUUGGUCAGAAUGUUCACCUUGAUGAUAUCUAGGUCAAGUUCGAAACUGGGUCAUGUGGGGUCAAAAACUAGGUCAGUAGGUCUAAAAAUAGAAAAACCUUGUGACCUCUCUAGAGGCCAUAUUUCUCAAUGGAUCUUCAUGAAAAUUGGUCAGAAUGUUCACCUUGAUGAUAUCUAGGUCAAGUUCGAAACUGGGUCACGUGGGGUUAAAAACUAGGUCAGUAGAUCUAAAAAUGGAAAAACCUUGUGACCUCUCUAGAGGCCAUAUUUUUCAUGAGAUCUUCAUGAAUAUUGGUCAGAAUGUUCACCUUGAUGAUAUCUAGGUCAAGUUCGAAACUGGGUCACGUGGGGUCAAAAACAAGGCCAGUAGGUCUAAAAAUAGAAAAACCUUGUGACCUCUCUAGAGGCCAUAUUUCUCAUGGAUCUUCAUGAAAAUUGGUGAAAAUGUUCAGCUUGAUGAUAUCUAGGUCAGGUUCGAAAUUGGGUCAUGUGCGGUCAAAAACUAGAUCAGUAGGUCGAAAAAUAGAAAAACCGUGUGACCUCUCUAGAGGCCAUAUUUUUCACGGGAUCUUCAUGAAAAUUGGUGAGAAUGUUCACCUUGAUGAUAUCUAGGUCAAGUUUAUAAGUGGGUCACGUGCCUUCAAAAACUAGGUCAUUAGGUCAAAUAAUAGAAAAACCUUGUGACCUCUCUAGAGGCCAUAUUUUUCAAUGAAUCUUCAUGAAAAUUGGUCAGAAUUUUUUAUCUUGAUGAUAUCUAGGUCACAUGUGCUCAAAAACUAGGUCACUAUGUCAAAUAAUAGAAAUAACGACGUCAUACUCAGUUCAACACUGGGUCAUAUGGGGAUAGGUGAGCGAUUCAGGACCAUCAUGGUCCUCUUGUUUUUUGUAAAAGAUAAUUUACAUUUGCAUGUAAAGGAUUAACAAAUUUAGAGUUUUGGAAGGUUCCACAGUGUAAUUUACUGCAGGAUAUAGUUGUAAAAAUUUGUGUAUAUAAUUCUUGUAAGCAUACAGCUUUUAAAUGAAAAGGCAUACACAUUAAUUUCUACAAACGUACUGUAUGUAAUGUACUAACAGUACUUAUGUGUUAAAUACCUUACUACAGAUAGUAGCAAACAUGCUUUUGAAUACAACCGUUACGGCCACAAUUGAUAGACUCGUAAUGCGCAGUCCAGCCUCUAGUAAUGUAAUCAUGGGUGGCUUAGGGUUAUUGGAAGAUGUGCACACACUUAUGUUGAAGUCAUUUAACAAUAUCAGUAUGGUGGUUGAGGGGAUGUUCGAUAGUUUUCAGAUAGAUUGUCUGAUAUCGAUAGCAUUUUGGAAAAUAUAAAAAGUAAAAUAAAAAAAAUAAAAAUAUGAAUAAAAGAAGAAAAGGUAUAUAAUAAAAAAGUUCAACAUGCCUUCUAGCCAUAAUGGCACACAUUGUUACAUAAUGGCCCGUGAGCAAUUAGCAUGAGCCCUAGGUGUGCCAUAAUGGCAAGAUGGCACAACCAAAAUGUAUAUUAACCGCAUAAUUAUUUUGAGCAUUAUCUGUAGCGAAAUAAGUGUUUGAUAGAAAUCAGAAAUGUAUGUAUAUUAACUUGGCACAUAUUUGCUGGAUCAUAUUGCAGUUUUUAUACAACUUUUUUUUUUAGCUUCAGUAGGCUAUGCUUGCUUGUUUGAUCUAUUUAUAGUAUUAUGACACAUGACCUAAUGUAUUGAUAGUAUUAUGUCACAUGACCUGAUCAUGUGACACUUGUUGUCUGUUAGAAGAGAUGCUAAGAUUGUUUUCACAUUGUUUAAUUUUCUAGGCUUGUUUUAGUUGUGAUUGAAGUAGUUGAUUCAGUCAACUUGCACAAUAUUUUUUGUUCUGAAUAAGACAAGGUGGCUUUUCCCUUCGAAGUAAAAAGUCUUGAAAAAAAAUGUAAUGUUUAAGGUAGCGGACCUGUAAUGACAAUUUCUGUGCAAUUAUGUAUUCUCCAUUUGAGCCACCUCAUGAGAAAACCAACAUUGUGGCUUUGCGACCAGCAUGAAUCCAGAUCCGCGCAGGCUGGUCAGGAUCCAUGCUGUUCGCUUUCAAAGCUUAUUGCAGUUAGAGAAACCGUUAGCGAACAGCAUGGAUCCUGACCAGACCGCGCAGAUGCACAGGCUGGUCUGGAUCCAUGCUGGUUGCAAACUCACUAUGUUGGUUUUCUCAAGGCGCGGCUCAAUUAUGCGAUUUUGGCAUCCUUCAGCCAUAACAGAAUAUUAUUUUUUCGUAAUAACUGGAGAAUGCCACGAACCCGUACAGAUAAUGUAUAAUUGAACUGAAAAUGCCAGUUGUAAUCAUGGAUCUUUUACCUUAAAAGAGUGGAUAAGUUAUAAGUUUUCUUUUGUAAGUUUUUAAAAGUUUAUUAUUUCAGUUGUGAAAUUUUUCAAAUUAAAUUUGUUCAGACUUAUGAUGUAAAAAGAGGUUGUAUUUCAUAAUUGUUUGGGUACUCUUCUUCAGCGAAAGUCUGAGUUGUAAAACUUUUAAUAUAUUUCAAACAAAUUCAUGAAGUUAAAGCCUUAAAUGGUCAGGCACAUAUUACACGUUUUUAACAUAGAAAUAUCCUGUAGAUUUACUUGUAGCGUGCAAUUGGAUAAAAGUUAUUGUACAGUUUUAGCAGAAUAUUGUUUUAUGUAGGGAUUUACCACACUUACAAGUAUGUUUGUUACAUUUACUCGUACAAAGGUAAUGCUUACACACAUACAGAUAUGAAAUCGCAACCUCUCUAUUUAUAAAACGAAUACGUCAAGUUUGUACAAUUUAACAAGCAUGUGCAAUCAAUUUGUAAGACAAAUUUCCAAAAUGCAUUUGUAAGAAGAUUUAUUCUCUACUUUUAAAAUAUUUAAGUUUAUAUUUACUAAAUGUAUUGAGCUUUAUAUGAGCUUGUGCAGAUUCCUACAGUGUGUGAGCUUUUACUGAGCUCAUACACCACUUGGAGUGUUAGCUAACACUUGAUUGUGUAUGAGCUUUUACUUAGUUCGUACACCACUUGGAAUGUUAGCUAACACUUGAAUGUGUAUGAGCUUUUACUUAGCUCAUACACCACUUGGAGUGUUAGCUAACACUUGAAUGUGUAUGAGCUUGUAAUACUGUACCUAUUACAUAAUAUGUGUAAGCUUGUAUUGAGCUCAUACAAUUAAAAAAAAUAUUAGUUUUAUUCUCCUGCGUACAAAUUUGUACUGAGAGAACAUACACCUUGAUAAAAGAGCUUUAUUCUUCUAUGUAUAGCAUGUACUGAGCUCAUUGUUAUUCUUGAUUUGUGAGCUCUUCCUUUUCCAGCAUUUGAGCUUAAACUGAGCUCAUAAACUUCUAAAUAUGUGAGCUUAUUUCUCCCUUACUUCCUAAGCUUGUGCUUUAGUUUGUACUGGUUUAUGUAGAGGAUAUAAAGGCAUUAAUCAUUUUAGCAUUACAUCAUUUGAUUUCUUUCUUUUGGUACUUAAAGCAGUUAUCUCCCUUUCCACUUAAAUGCUCAAGAAUGCAUUUUUAUUGAUAAAAAAGUGUUUGUUUGUUUGUAAUCUUAGACUUCUGCAAAAAAAAUGAAUCAAACAAUUACCCGACUUUCUGGAAGAAUCAGAGAGCAAAGGGAGAUCAUGAAUACAGAAUAAAGAGCAAAGGGAGAUAAUUUCUGUCAAUAUACCAAAUUGCUAUAAAUAGCCAAAGCUUCUUGCUAAUUUUAAAGAACAUGUAUAUAGUAUGUAAAUAAGAGCUUCUAUAAAGUGUCACAUGCUUGUAAACCAUCAAUAACUGCAUAGUGUUUAUGAUCAUUAUACAUUUGACUGAGUCAUUAAAUUUGCUUUAAACACAA